UUUCCCUGACAGGAGAGAGAAAGAGGAGUGAUAUUUCUGACUCCAGGCAACACAUUUCAAGUUUAGCCCUUGUUUGAAAAAUGGAUUCAGUCUUUUCUCUAAUUGGAUCGUAUGUGGAUUGGGAUGUCAGAAGUCUUCUGAUCUUCAUCGUGGUUUUCAUCCUCACUGCAGAUUAUAUUAAGAACCGCCGGCCGGCCAGCUUUCCUCCAGGGCUUGUCUUUCCAAUCGUGGGCAGCAUGUUCUCUGUGGACCACAGCAAGGCACAUGAGAGUAUGACACAGUUAGCAGAGAAGUAUGGAGAUGUGUACAGUCUGCAAAUGGGCCAGGAGUGGUUGGUGGUCUUAAAUGGGUAUGGUUUAAAAGAAGCUCUUGUUACUCAAGGGGACAGUCUGGCAGAUCGUCCACCCCUCCCUAUGCAGCUAGACAUAAGCAAAGGAUUAGGGGUAAUUUUCACUAGUGGGCACAUGUGGAAGCAGCAGAGGCGUUUUAUGCUUUCAACCCUUAGAUACUUCGGUCUUGGCAGGAAGUCACUUGAACCUGUCAUCCUGGAUGAGUUUACAAAUUGUGCGAAAGACUUUCAAAGCUAUAAAGGCAAGCCCUUCAGUCCAAGACUCAUCAUUGGCAAUGCUGUCUCCAACAUCAUCUGCUCCCUGGUUUUUGGGCAUCGCUUUGAGUACAGUGAUCAGAGGUUCAAGCAACUUAUAAGCUGGUUUGAGACAGCACUCCAGCUUGAAGCGUCAAUUUGGGCACAGAUUUACAACUCAUUCCCUCUGCUGAUGAGACGUUUACCAGGGCCACAUCAGACAAUUCUGCACAUUUGGGAUAACGUGAGGGACUUCAUAAGAGGGGAACUGAAGGAGCACAAAAAAAACUGGGAUCCCUCUGACCUAAGAGACUACAUUGACUGCUACCUGAAAGAGAUACAGACGAGUAAGAGGCAGGCUGACAACACUUUUGAUGAAGAAAACUUGGUGAUGUGUGUCAUGGAGCUAUUUGUGGCUGGCACUGAAACUACAUCCACCACCCUUCAAUGGGCUUUCCUCUACAUGGCGAAGUACCCUGAGAUCCAAGAAAAGGUCCAGGCUGAGGACAGAGUUAUAGGGCAGUCAAGACAGCCAUCAAUGGACGAUCGUGUACACCUGCCCUAUACUGAUGCUGUCCUCCAUGAGAUCCAGAGAAUAGGCAACAUAGUUCCUCUCAGCCUGCCUCACAUGACCAACAAGGAUAUUCAGCUGGGAGGCUACACUGUCCCCAAAGGAUCUACAAUCAUUACAAAUUUGACUUCAGUCCUGUAUGAGAAUCAGUGGGAAACACCCAACACCUUCAACCCAAGGCACUUCCUGAACGAGGAGGGCAAGUUUGUAAAGCCAGCUGCUUUCAUGCCUUUCUCUGCAGGUAAGCGGCUAUGCCUUGGUGAGAACCUGGCAAGGAUGGAGCUUUGUCUCUUCUUCACCUCCUUUAUGCAGCACUUCACCUUCUCCAUGCCUGCUGGGGUGAAGCCUGUGACAGAUUACAACUUUGGCAUAACUCUGGCACCAAAGCAUUAUGAAAUCUGUGCCACCUCACGUUAAGAGAAUCUCUGACUGACAGAAAACGGUCAACAGCUUUAAUCUUUGUUUUUGGUUGGCCUCAAUUAGGAUUAUGUGAUUGGAAUCUAUCAACAUGAUACUUUGCCUUCUUUGAAUAACACUGCUAUGGAUACACCAAUCCGAUCCUGGUAUUGGGUAUCAUCAUAUACAGUCUCAAAAAGCAAGAAGUGGUAUUAGUGACAAAUGGCAAAUCUAUAGGGCAGGUAUAUUCACUAUUCAAUCAGUUUCAUUAUUUACCACAAUCAUUUGCAUGUACUACGCGGUACUACGACAUCAGGACGUCAUUAGGUCUGUGCAUUUUGCCAGGCAGAACGCUAAUGUAUGGAGGAAGUUCAUUAAAGUUUGGAAGUAUCUUGUACAACUCGGGUGACAACUGCAGUUUGUGCAAAGAUCAUGUUUAAGGGGUGGCGGUGGCGGUAGCAUAGCAAAAUAAAAUAUAACCAAGAAUCUCAAGAAUUAUCAGAAUCCAGCCAGAGAAUGCGUGUUCAAAAAACAAAAACAAAAAAAAAUGAAACAGAAAAUGUAACUGUUAAUCCUCACUGUCCCAAUCAGCUUCAUCUUAAGAGGUAGCAUUUAACCUCUGCCUAGUCAAAGUCAAGUCCAGGGUUCAGGCCAUCCAGGUAAAAAAGAAGAAGUACUGCCUGUACUUGGACCUUGAGAAGCACUCCCUUCACAGCUAGUCUCAAGCAGCUAACCACAGCACAGUAGUGGAGAUGGACUGGAGAAAAUAACAGGUAUUGGCCUCGAUGGUUAACUCCCUGAGCAGCUGGGUGUGAUCUGAAGAUGCUCAGCAAAAACUGUGACAAGAGACAUCCAGAUUCAAUUUUAUUAGAAUACGAGUGUCAUGCAGGAAGUAAUAUCUGUUGUACUUCAGCCAUGCUGUGUGCCUCAUUUUGUUAUAUACAUUGUAUGUUUUGUCUGUGCUCCAUACCAUGUGAUCGUGGUUUGAGUGUCAUAAAUGAAAUGAAAAAGUAA